CAAGCUCAAAUGAAUAGACUCAUCGAUCAUACUAUACUCAAGCCUGACGCUACUAAAGCUGAAGUGGAAAAGAUUUGUGAUGAAGCACUCGCCCUCGAGACAGCCACAGUCUGCGUCAAUACGCGCUGGCUACCGCUUGUCAGUAAGAAACUAGCCAACAGCAAUGUCCUCCCAAUUGCCGUUGUGGGCUUUCCGCUCGGUGCUUGCUUGACUGAGGCAAAAGUGUUUGAGACAAAACUGGCUAUUCAACAGGGUGCCAAAGAGAUUGACAUGGUCAUUGACGUUGGAGCCCUGAAAGACGGAGAGGUCGAGCACGUCGAGAAAGACAUCCACGCAGUUGUCCAAGCAGCAGGAAAUAUACCAGUCAAAGUCAUCCUCGAGACAUGCUUGCUGACGGAUGAGCAAAAACGGACAGCGUGCAAGCUUUGCAAGAAGGCAGGCGCGGCGUUUGUCAAGACCUCCACAGGUUUCUCAAAGUCAGGUGCAACGGUAGCAGACACCAAACUUAUGCGUGAGGAAGUGGGCAAAGAGAUGGGCGUCAAGGCGAGUGGUGGUAUUCGUACCUUCAAGGAUGCACAAGCCAUGGUGGAUGCAGGCGCUUCACGAAUUGGCGCAUCGGCUAGUGUUGCCAUUAUGGCAGAGGCGAAUGCUUCAUCAAAUGUGUAGUCUAUGCUAUAGCUCAAAGACUUGCGAUGUACUGGAGAUGCCGUCAAAGAUGCAGGUGUUGUUGACUGGAAUGUAUUGUCGCGUCAAGAGCUUGAUGACCUCUUGUGAUGCAAGGCCACCCAUAAAUGAGGCGAUAUUGUGUAGUGUGCCUCCGCCGCAGCGUGCAUACUCGUGACAGACCUUGCGAAGCCAGUCGCUCGACUGAUCACUGACCAAAGGAUGCUUGCAAGCUAGUUCAUAUAGUGCCUCGUGAUCAUCGUGGUCAGCCAUGUCUGAGCCGGGGACCCGACCGUAUGUUGACUCGAACGAUUGAGCUGCAGCAUGUGCCACGUACCAAGCCAGCAAAGACUCUUCGUCCCACAAAUUUCUUUUGGGUCGAU